AUGCCAUCGAGCAAGAGCACACCAACGUUGAAGGCAUUGAAGGCUCAACUGAAGGACAUCCAGUCUUCCCUCUGCGAUAUAUCUCGCUUCGUGGAACAGUUCAAGGAGGAAACAUCUACCACGCAGAUAACAUUACGUUUAGAUAGGGUAGACAGGUUGUGGGAGAAGUAUUCGGAAACUUUAGUGCUAGUUAGGGGUCAUGCACAGUUUGAGGAUGAAGACGAUGUAUACGAUAAGGAGAGACAGGUAAUCAGCGAUCGUUAUUACGAAGUGAAGGCGUUUCUUCUUGAUAAAGCACGGGAGCGUCAACCGCCACGGGAACAGGAUCAAUCCAUUCGCGACACUUCUGCAUUCGGAGGAUUAGACCAUGUUAGGCUUCCCCAAAUUAAAUUACAAACAUUCAAUGGAGCCGUGGACGAUUGGUUAAGCUUCAGGGAUCUGUUUACAUCUCUCAUCCACACCAAGGCGGAACUUCCUGAGGUAGAAAAGUUCCACUACCUAAAGGGUUGUUUGCUAGGGGAACCCAAAAACCUGAUCGAUCCGUUACCCCUCACCGAGGCAAAUUAUCAAGUUGCUUGGAAUUUGCUCUUGAAAAGAUACGAUAACUGUAAGGUGCUCAAGAAGCGGCAGAUCCAGUCUCUGUUCAAACUGCCAGCUCUUCAAAGGGAAUCCGUGACUGAACUGCAUGGCCUUCUUGAAGGAUUCGAAAGGAUAGUUCAAACUCUGGAUCAAGUAGUUCAAUCUCGUGACUAUAAGGAUCUUCUUCUCGUCAACUUCCUCACAACAAGGUUGGAUCCAGUAACGCGAAGGAGUUGGGAAGAACAGUCGGCCUCUAAGGAUCAGGAUUCAGUGAAGGACCUCACAGAUUUCCUACACAGACGGGUAAGGAUACUGGAAUCCAUGCCGUCGAAGCCAACGGAUAAAAACCCUUCUCAAGUUCAAGCACCCACAAAACCGAAGGCUGCAUCGGUGAAAUCUAGCUAUAGCACGGUACAGAGCUCAGCCGGACGCUGUGUGCUCUGUAAGGAUAGCCACCUGUUGUAUCAGUGUACUGGAUUUCAAAGAUUAACUGUUAUGGAACGGGAUACAGUUUUGAAGGCUAAUGGUUUGUGCCGUAACUGCUUCAAGCUUGGCCAUCAGGCAAGGGAUUGCCAGUCAAGGUACUCUUGCCGAAAAUGUAAGGGAAGGCAUCACACCCUAGUAUGCUUCAGGUCGGAUCAGGAUGGUAAGGUUAUACCACCUACCAAGGUCAACAAUACCAACCCAAAGGAAACCCAAGGAUCAUCAAACGGCGCAAGUACCUCUCAAAUGGCUAACCUGGCAGCCACCGACACUGUGGUGUCUAACGUUGCUCAACAAAUCUCAUCACAAGUCCUGUUAGCGACGGCGAUCAUUCUACUGGAGGAUGAUGAAGGAAAUCGGUUCCCAGCAAGAGCUCUCCUAGACUCAGGGUCAGAGAGCAAUUUUAUUACCCAAUCGCUCAGCCAACGCAUGCGUGUACAACGGAACAACGUGGAUGUAUCAGUUCUUGGUAUUGGUCAAUCUGCUUCAAGGGUCAAGCAUUGCAUCUUGGCGACGGUGUUGUCCAGGAAUACUGAAUUCUCUCGGCAAAUGGAGUUUUUGGUCCUGCCUAAGGUCACUGUCAACCUACCAACAACGACAGUGAAUACGGAAGGGUGGUCUAUUCCAAGCGGAUUUGUGUUGGCGGAUCCUUCAUUCUUUCAACCCAACACGGUGGAUGUAGUUCUAGGAAUCGAAUGCUUCUUUGAUUUGUUUCACACGGGUCGCAGAGUUUCGUUAGGAGAGCGUUUGCCAACAAUCAGCGAAACUGUGUUCGGUUGGGUGAUUGGCGGAGGAAUUUCUAAUUCGCAACAUUCUCUACGGGUGAACUGUAAUGUCUCGUCUUCGAACAACUUAGAGGACCUUAUCGAAAGGUUUUGGAAGUGUGAGGAGUUGGAAUCUUCAAAGGCGUAUUCGAAAGAGGAAAGGAAAUGUGAAGAUCUGUUUCGGAACACGGUUCAACGUUCAGAGGAAGGUCGUUAUACAGUAGCACUACCGAAGAACGACGAAAUGAUUGCUCGGAUUGGCGAGUCGAGGAACAUAGCAUUACGGCGGUUGCUCGCUACGGAACGUAGACUCGCAAGGGAUACCAGCCUAGCCAAACAAUAUUCCAGUUUUAUGGAGGAAUACCUUUUGUUGAGUCAUAUGGAGAAGGUUACAAACGAAGAUUCUACAAGCCGGUGUUAUCUUCCCCACCAUCCUGUCGUAAAGGAGGCGAGCACAACGACAAAGGUCCGGGUGGUAUUUGAUGCCUCUUGCAAGACGUCCACCGGGAUUUCUCUCAACGAUUGUUUGCUGUGUGGCCCUACUACUCAAGAGGAUCUUCGUUCGAUAAUCCUGCGGUGUCGCAUGAAGCAAAUAAUGAUGGUGGCUGACGUCGAAAAGAUGUUUCGGCAAAUUCUCCUACGCCAAGAGGAUCGACCUUUACAAUGCAUCUUGUGGCGGUCGUCAUCAACAGAGGAUGUUAGUGCCUACGAACUAUGUACUGUUACAUAUGGGACCAAAUCAGCGCCGUUCUUGGCAACCAGGACACUAAAUCAAUUGGCUUUAGAUGAAGAACAUCGCUUCCCACUAGCAGCGAAGGCAAUCCACGAGGACACUUACGUCGAUGAUUGUGGUACGCUUGCUUUCAUGCACUUCGGUGGUCGCAUGGAAAGAUGA